AUGAUAAUCAAUGUUGUAGGUCUAAAGCUCAAGGGAGCUACCUGUAGGAAGAACAAGCUACAGCUCAGUACCACAAUCUCCACUGAGCUGCCAGUCACCCUGCUCCGCUGGAUCAGGACCGAUGCAGACAAAGUGGUGGCGGGUAAGGUGACCCUCCCGGUCUAUCUGAACGCCACCCGCUCCCACCUACUGUUCACGCUGGACUUUGACACGGAGGGAGAAGGGUCGGGCAAGGAUCACAGCUUCUACGAGAGGGGAGUGGCCAUCAUUUCUUCUGAUCUGGGAUAAAUGUGACAAUUUCAACUUCAGUGCUGUCUACA